AAACGGGAAGUGGUAGAGAGCACGUCCACAAUGAUACCCCAGCUGUUACUAUGCUCCUCUAGGUGUGUCUUGCGGGCAGUUUUAAGGUCGUUUCCCGCUUGUCAACACCAACUCGUCACCCAAGCAGCCGCUGUGCCUCAUUUGUAUACUUUGAGAAAAACGAUGCACUAUCAAACGGUGGAGAGAGGGAGCCCCAACACUCCAGAUUACCGGAUUUAUUUUAAAAACUCAGAUGGCAACUACAUUUCUCCUUUUCAUGAUAUUCCAUUGAUAGCAGAGGCAGAACAGGAAUUGCCAGCAAAGAAGGCCAAAAAGAGUGAGGUGCUCUUCAACAUGGUUGUGGAGGUGCCUCGGUGGUCGAAUGCAAAGAUGGAGAUUGCAACAAAGGAACCUCUGAAUCCCAUCAUGCAAGAUGUAAAGAAAGGAAAGCUUCGAUACGUCGCCAACAUAUUUCCCCAUAAAGGUUACAUUUGGAACUAUGGAGCCAUCCCGCAGACGUGGGAGGACCCCAAUCACACCGACUCGGAAACCAAAUGUUGCGGCGAUAACGAUCCCAUCGACGUUUGCGACAUUGGUGCACAGGUGUGCUCUCUUGGACAGGUGAUUCAAGUGAAAGUGCUUGGAAUUUUGGCAAUGAUAGAUGAAGGUGAAAUGGACUGGAAAGUCAUCGCAAUCAAUGUUGAGGACCCUGACGCCAAAAACCUAAACAACUUGGAGGAUGUCCGCAAGAGUCGGCCCGGUCAUUUAGAGGCCACUGUGGAUUGGUUUAGGAAAUACAAAGUUCCCGAUGGGAAGCCUGAGAACCAAUUUGGAUUCAAUGCACAAUUUCAAGAUAAGGACUUUGCUGUUGAGGUAAUCAAGUCCACACAUGAGCACUGGAGGGCACUAGUACAGAAGAAGACAUGUAGUGGAGGGAUUGAAUGCAAAAAUAUAUCAUGCUGUGAUAGUCCUUUCAAAUGCAAUGCAGAAGAAACCAACUACGUGGUCCAAUUGACCCCCGAACUUGGUUGCGGUCAAAGUGUUCCUUCAGAAGUUGACAAGUGGCACUUUGUCUGAGUUAUUGAGGAAAGUCGUCAUGGACACAGACAAAAAUAAAACCAGAUCAUCCUAUCUGUGGUACUCUAUUUUUGAGCAGACUGAAUUAUUGUCUGGUAAGGAUUUAUGGUCACCUGUAUAGAAAUUUUGCCAUCCAAUAAAGUCAGAUACAGUAUUACUUACUGUAUUGACAUAUACUCAACAAAAAUAUAAAUGCAACACUUUUGUUUUUUUAAUGAACUUGUAUACAAAACUUGUUACACAAAAAGCGUAUUGCUCUCUGUUAUUCACAAAUCUGUCUGAAUCUGUAUUAGUGAGCCAUUGUUAUGUCGUUCAUGCACGCGUUGAUAUUUUUUUUAAGUGUGCAUAAGUGUAUCCAAUCUGUCAUUAGGGAUGCUUGAUAUUUUUUUUCUCAAGCCGAUACUGAUAACUUUCUGCUUUUCAAGACCUAUACCGAUAACCAGUAACUUUUUAUAUCUGUUAUUUUUCUCGAAUCAUUGGAGUGUUUUAAAAAUUAUUGGUUAUCGAAGCUAUUUUUUAAUGUUAUCGGAUGCAUCGGUAUGAUGUCAUGAUUCCUCAUAUCGGCCCAAUAAUUAGUGGUCUGAUAUUUAUCAGGCACCCCUCGUCAUUAUUAUGUUUGGGUACCAUUUGCUUUUGAUUCAAUCAUCCAUUCAUUGUAAACAGUCCAUCAAGAGCAUUUGAUCUGUCUGAUCUGUCUGACGGAUAAAAAAAAAAAAAAAAAAAACACAUAAAAAGCCCCAAAAGAUUUAACCCAAUAUGUAAUAAAUAAACCUGUUUAACGGUUGCAUCAUAUUUUUAAAUAAUAGGAUCAAGUUUCCCCACCCCCUGAUUUCAAGAAUAAUUACAUAUAUAAUGGGCCUUUUCCUUGCGGUAAUUGUUUUCUAUUUAAAUUGUCGUUGCUUUGUAAAAGACAAUGUGCAUGCAAUGGGAUAUUUGGCUAAAUAAAUACUGUACAUGAAAUGGAUGUGAAUUUAUCAUGUUUGCUGAGAGUACUGUAUUAAAAGAGCAUACACAAACACAAACACUACGAAUAUUUUUAUAACAUGGGGAGCACUGAUUUUUACACAAGUGAAAUUGCUUUAAAUAAAUAUAAAUUUAUUGAAAAAGAAAACACCCACAUCUUGGCAAUAUCAGGAAUGAUAUAAUAACAGCUUUCAAAUAAACUGCAUUCAGUACAUUACAAUACUUACAGUUUAAUAACUAUGCUUAAAUCGUUUUUGGAGCAUACCAGACCUAAGGAGACCAAGGGAAGUCUUUACAAAUAAAAACAGAAACAAAGUUUGACUUUUUUUUUUUUUUUUUACCUUUAGUGUCUGCCUGCCUAGUACAGUAUGAACUGCUCACUUGAACAUGCAGUACUCAUUAUUUCCAGAAAGUUAUUCAAGUAAUGCAGAUUUAGAAGUCUGUUCAAGUAUGGCUCUGCUUUUAUGUUUCUCCCUCCUCUUGUAUCUUUUUAACCUCACCCUCAACCUGCUACUGUAGCUGGACUCUGUACAAUGAAGUCAUCAUUAUUAUGGACUAUACAAAACCAAAAGUAAAAAAAAUAUAAAUAUAAAUUCAAAUGUUAGAGCUAACAGUAUCCUUUGACAGUAAACAUUGCUUUGACAGUGAGUGCAUUAUUUACAAAGACUUCCUGGAAAAUGUGACCAUGUCCACUUAGAUAACAUUGAAAAGAGCCAAAACUGAUAUUUAAGAUAUGAUUCUGAUUGCUGAUGUAGAAGUUGGGGGCCAGUUGGACUGGACUAGAAGAUAGUCCUGAAAUAUAAAACCUUGCUAUGAACUGUAUAUUAUUGGAUUUUUUUGUUAUUUUUGAAACACAUUUACACCCUGUUUAAAUAAAACAUUUUGUACUUUAUUACAUAUACAUAUUUUUUCCUGAAAAAAAAUGAAGUGCUUUCAGAAAACAAAUUUGAUGAAGAGUGGGUGAGUUGUUACAAAUAAUGUUACAGUCAUUCAAUUAUAUAUCACAUUAAUUAAAAAUAAAGAGAAAACUCAUACAAUUGCUUAGUGGUUAUAAAUAAUUUGAAGUAUACACAGGCAUAAAGACGAUAAUCACUGCCUUGGUCUUGCCUCAUAACAAAAGCAAAUACAUUGCCCUUAAUUUAUUCAAUAGCAUACUUUCCCUUUAGUCACAUCAGUGCAUAUACUUUGUGUUCAGUUAAGAAAACACCAUCCUACUAGCUAAAAAUGGUACAAAAUAAAAAUCAAAUGCUGAACCCCCCCAAAAAAAUAAAUUGUGUGACAUAUUUUAGAAAAGUUGUAUAGGGACACAAAAUGCAAUGGCACGUCCCUGAAUGAGGAGAAUGACAAAAUGAAUGCAGGCAAUACGUUCUUUUUAAAUGUCCCUGAUUUUACAGUAACAUUAAAAACUCAAGUUCAAGUAAUACUUUCUAAGCACGUAAGAAAGUAAGAAAUGAACUUUUCCGCCUGGAGGCUUGCAGUUAGACUGUAACCAACAAUUUGGAAAAAAUAUUUAAACAAAGAAUGAUAUGUUUUACUAUUGCCCAAACUGGUUUUGAGGUAUAUGACAUGUUGGUACUGUACAUUAUUUUAAUAGCCUUCUCACUGCCUAAAGAGUCUCACAUUGUAUGUUUUUAACAGGUUGAAUAGCACCCAGUGAAAUCAAAUCCAUUGAAACACAAAGAUUUACAAUGUUUUCGGCUUUGAGCAUUCUAUACAACAAACACAAUUUAUAACAGUAAUUCCAAAAAGGGAGUUUAAGUUACUGUACUCAUCUCACCUGUCUAUAUUACAGUUAGAUUACAAUAAUUAAAGAACCCACAGCAAGCCAGCUGCCCUCUGAAAUUGACACCGAGCUUACCCUGUCUCAUGCUCCUCAGUGUAUAAAAAGCACAUCAACUAAGCACCACAGACAUAAAACUACAUGCAAUUUUCACAAUUCAGGGUAGUUCAAUGAACCUGCUGAAAGGAACAUUUGCUGACAGUAAAACUCAAAAACUUAGGCUCGUUUUCCUCCUUUUAAAAUGUAAAAAAUGCACCAUUUGAAUGGCUCGUAUAGUAUACAUGUCAUGUAGGCCAAAGAAGCACCAGCAUAAUAGAAUUUAAAAUUUUGCAGUGAUUUGAAACGAUAUAAUUUAGUCUUUCUUUUCAGAAAUACUUACAAAUUGCAUUAAAUUCAAAGUUAAUGUAAAUUUCAUCACUUAAUACCAAUACAUUGAAUUAUUGUCAUCAAGAAGUGCUCAAAACACACUCACUUACGUUAAACCAUUGUGAGGUUAAUGAUUUUACAGAUUAUUUCCCCCUCUUUUUGCUGUUUUAUGCCAUCUAUAGUCUCAAGUAUGGUAUCAUGGCAUUUUGAAUAUCAAAAAAGACACAGACUUAGCACCUUGAAUGUUGCCAGUUGAAAAGUUGGCAUUCCAUGCCAAGUUUAAGUCUUUAAAAUUGUUUUACGAAAAAUAAAGCCACCAAGAUUUACCUUUGUUUCCAGUAAAAAAUAGGUGUACAUGUACGAUUGAGAGCACCAGAUGGUUUAACAGUGUGUAGCUGCAAAAGUUGCAAAACAAAAAUAAAUACAUCCUUAGAAGGGUCAGUUGUAAAGCUCAGUUGUCAAAAGGGUAAAAGACCUGAACCGGUUAGGAGUGUUUGUUGAGACCAGUGCUGCAUGUGGUCCUUGUUUUCAUAAAUAAAGCACCUUCAUUUUUUUUUCUUGAGGGUCUUUUAAGCAAAGUGACUGUAAGGUCCUGUGACCUUGGUGAAGGCAUACGGAGAUGUACUGACAUAGGUAUUGGUUGUGCAUGACGACGACCCCUCAAUGAGUGCCUGUAUAAAACGUUUAUAAGGGGGCUCCCCAAGAGAUUCCAAUGACUCUGGAUGCUCACGCUUUGUCCCCUUCUUGUGGCCCUUGCUUGGUGUCCCCUCACCACUGUUUCUCUCUGCAUCCUCCUCCUUUUCUCGAGCCUUUUCUGCCAUCUUUGCUUCCCACAGGGCCAGUCCAUGUUUUGCCUCAUUCAAGUUUUUGUGCUGGUAAAAGACCAAUGAGAUUCGUGUUGGGUGAUGACGGUCUGGGUUUUUAAGAGGUGUUGUGGCGUGGAGCUCUCGUUUAGCACACUCAAUGAGGACUGAGCCGUGGGUAGGUGCCACUGCCACUCCGCCAAUGUCAGGGUCCAAGAAAUUGUGCUCAUUGUCUGACCACAUGUCUGGCUUUUGUGGGGUUGUGGGCGUCUGAGGGGUUCCAGGCUCAUGCUUAAUACUUGAUACCAUGGGGCUACCCAGUGCUGUCUGUGUUUCAGGGUUUAAACACACACCACUUAACUGAGCACCAAGCAUCUUUGGGCUAGCAAGACCUAUUUCUUGCUUAAUUUGCAUAUGGAAUGGUUGUUGGCCUGGGGGAAACAUUUGGGAACUUUGAGAGAAAUAUGGAUUUGGGGAUCUUCUAAACUGAUUGCUGUUGCAUCCAGCAGCAGUGUAGUUAAGACCUCCAUGGGCAGAGGGCGCUCUUGAGAGGGGGUCAAUAAAACGUGGGUCUGGGGCGCCGUUAGGACCACAGGGGCUGAAAGCUGUCAUCGGGUGAACUGACCUCAUGCUGCAUGCAUUAUAACCAUUGACGUGUAAACCUGGAUCACCAAAAUUUGGUGGAUAAUUAACAUCAUAUCGCGGAUGUACUGUAUACUGCUGUUCUGAGUAAAAGGCUUGUCGUUGUUGCUGUUGAUACAUGUCCAGGUGCUUUUGGUUUGAAGCGUAGUAUGGUUGGUAAUUGUCAAGAGGCAUUCCUCCAUUACAUUGGUAACCAGGGUACGAACGAUUAGAUCCAUCGAUGUAUGAAGUGGGUGCAUGGAUUGGGGCAGGGUAAGGGCUUGCUGGUGUUGAUGAUUGAGGCGGAAAUAUGCUCCCUGGCUUUGAAGUGCUUGGAAAAGAUCCAGGGUGGCUGGGGAACCUGGGGUAUUUGGCAGCAUUUGCUGCACCAGGAUAAGAGGUAAGUAUGUUUUCGUGCUGUUGUUGCUGCAGUUGCCGGGGAUGGGUUCCAAAGGGAUGUGUUGGUUGACUUGGAUAUUGGGAGGCUCCCAUAGCACCUGGAAUAAACCCUGGGAAAUGAAAGCAGGUAAGGAUUUAAUGUAAAAGUGUGCCCCCUAAAUAUAAAAUGGUUGUACGUGUAACCCAAGUAAAACUUUUUACCUGCCAUAUGAGUGCUUUGACUGAUGUUUUCAGAAGUACCUGCUUUUGACUUGGAUGGGGUAACUUUCUCUGCUUUGUCAUGGGAGUUGUCCAUCACGGCAUUCUUGAUAGCAGCUGCCUUCUUAGCAUCCAGCUUCUUUUGGCGACAGGACUUGGCGGGCUCUGCAAGCAUGCGCACCUGGCGGCGGAAGGCACUGAGGACUUGGAUGGCACCUGACUUAAUUUUUUCCUGCUGACCCUCCUCACUUCCAAAUUCAUCUGUGUUGGAAGCCUUGUAUAGUGGCAAGACGUGGAGCUGCUCAUCCUCUGGUAUCUUUCCAAUCUCUCUGUUAUCCUCCCUUGUUAAUGUGCACACCUGGGAAAACACAAUGAGUCAACUAUUCAUGAGGAUGUCAUCUAAACCAGUGAUUCUCAGUUGGUUUGGCUGCAGGACCCACCAUCACCCCUUAAUGACAAGCGGUGACUCACAUUGCGGACAUUUUUUGACGAAAACAUUUUAAAUAUGUUAUUUUUAAGGGCCUGUUUGCAAAGAUUACGUGGCUGCCUAGAGGCUGCUAACAUUCUAACAUGUUACAUUAUAUCCCGCCUUCUUCUUGCUCAGGAACAAUAUAUUUUUAUUCACAAAUUGCAAAAAUUAUAUGAACAAAAAAGUGUGUGCAAAGAUUUUUGGUACAUGAUAUAUCUGAGUUGAAUGACAGCAACUGGAUUUGGACAUGGAUGCGAGGUUAAACAUCUGUAAGAAAAUCAAGCUAGUCCAGUUGCUCUGAUUCACCUCCUCAGAUAAAAAAGUACAGAUCUAAAUAUACAUAUUUAACCUUUUCUUUGAUUAACUCAGCAGGUAAGUUUAAUAAUUGCUGCGGUCAGUAGAUUGAACUGGGCAUAAAUAGAUGAAACUGGGCAUGACACUGUACCUGUGAGUUUUCAUUGAGGAAAAAAUUUCCUCACACAACACAACAUGAGCUGGAGCGGUGAAAUGCUCGUCUCUUUAUAGCGCGCUUCUCCAGCAUAUAUAAAGGCUAUGUGUCGGAUGAAUGGAAUAGAUAGAUACUUUAUUCAUCUCCAAGAGAAAUUCACAUUUCCAGCAGCUCUGCAAAAAUGGCUAAAUAAAUUUAAUCACUUAGAAAUAAAACCAACACAGCAAGAUAGGAGAGGGAACAAAAAUAAGAAAAUAGAAUAAAAAUAAAUAUACAAUAAAUUAAAAAAAAAAAAAUCGUUCCCCUUUGUUAUGUUGAAAAGACGCAUGGCAUGGGGAAAGAAUGAUCUGCUCAGUCUUUCAGUGGAGCAGGACAGUGAUAGUAAUCUGCCACUAAAACUAUUCCACUGUUGGGAGAUGAUGCUGUGCAUUGGAUAAUGUUGAUUGUCAAUGACGGAAAAGAGCCUCCUUAGUGUCCUUUGCCCUGCCAUAGAUGUCACAUUGUCCCGCUCAGUGCCAAUAACAAAGGCCUCCUUCCUCCACCAGUUUGUCCAGGUGUGUAGCCUUCUUCUUGAAGCUGCCUCCCCUGCACACUACUGCGUACAGGAGGGCACUCGCUACACACAGAUUAGUAGAAGAUCUGUAGCAGCUUCUUGCAUAUGUUAAAGGGCGCCAGCCUUCUGAGUACAGUACAGAAGACUCUGCCCUUUCUUGCACAGAGCAUCUGUGUUGGCAGUCCAGUCCAGUUUACCAUCCAGAUGCACUCUCAGGUAUUUAUAGGUGUGAACCAUCUCCACACUGUCACCUUUAUUGAGAACAGGUGCUGGGUUCGUCCUGUUUCUCCUAAAGUCCACCACCAUUUCCCAGGUCUUGGUGGUGUUGAGGUGCAGGUGGUUUGCGUCGCACCAGUUAACAAAGUCCUGGAUCAGUUUCCUGUACUCAUUCUCCUGUCCCCUCCUGAUACAUCGCACGAUGGCCGUGUCGUCCGCGAACUUCUGUACAUUGCAGAGCUCAGAAUUGCACUGGAAGUCGGACGUUUACAGAGUAAACGCAACAGGAGAGAGUGCAAUUCCCUGUGGUGUUCCCGUCCUGCUGGUCACAGUGUCGGACCUGCAGUUCACCAGUCGCACGUACUGAGGUCUGCUAGUCAGGUUGUCUGUGAUCCAUGCCACCAGCUGAGAUCCUACCCCCAUCUGUGUCAGCUUGUCCCUGAGGAGCUGAGGCUGGAUGGUGUUAAAGGCGCAGGAGAAGUUCAAAAUGUAAUCCUCACAGCACCACUGCCUCUGUCCAGCUGAGAGAGAGAUUGAUGGAGCAAGAAGAUGAUGGUGUUCUCAACUCCUACUUGCUCCCGGUCUACAAACUGCAGAGUUGAGUGCGUGCUGGGUCUGUGGCCUCAGGUGAUAGAGCAGCAGCCGUUUCAUAGUCUUCAUCACAUGCGACGUCAGGACCACCAGCCUGAAGUCAUUCAGCUCACCAGGAUGUGAUCUCUUCGGGUCUGGAACAGUGCAGGCAGUCUUCCAGAGCUGUGGAAUCCUCCCCAACCUUAAUCUUAGGUUGAAGGUGGGCUGUAGAGGGUCUCCCAGCAACCAUGCGCAUGCUUUUUGGAGUCAAGGUCCUGCUGCAUCUGGUCCUGCUGGUUUGUUGGAGCGCAGCCCCCUUAGCCCUGCACUUACAGUCGUUGAGCUGCUGUUAUUGUGGGUUGUGUGAGGGGGGGACGGUGAAGGGAGGUGUUCCAUUUCUUGCUGAUGAUUUGUGUGGGGGCUGCUGCGCGUGGGGUGGGAAGGUCAAACUUCCAUACAGAAGUUUGUAGUCCGUGGUGCAGGUGAACUUUUCUUUCAUAUUCUCUCAGUCAGCGGUCUCAAAGCAAUCUAUCAGAGCCUGUUCAGCCUCAGAGGACCACCUCCUGAAAGAGCGUGUGGUUAUAGGUAAUUUUCUAACUUUUAGUGUAUAUUGAGGUUUGAGCAGGACCAGGUUGUGGUCUGCCUUCCCCAGUGCAGGCAGGGUGGUGGCACCCUAUGCAUCUUUGAUGUUGCAUACAUUAGGGCUAUAGUCCUGUUGCCCCUGGUGUUACAGUCUACAUACUGGUAGGAGACAGCCAGUGUUUUGUCUCGUGUCACAUGAUUGAAGUCCCCAAAGAUCAACACGACAGCCUCAGGGUGCUGUGUUUGUAGUUUAGCAGUUAUGCAGUGGACAACGUCACAUGCAGCCUCUGUAUCGGCGCACAGAGUUAUGUAAACAACGGUAACAAUGGCGUGACUGAACACCCUGGGCAUGUAGUAGGGAAGUAGGCUUAUAGCCCGGAGUUUGAUGUUCCUACUGCAGAUGGACAUUUUAUUGUUCACAUGCCCAGGAUGACAAACUGUUUGUUCACAUACAGUGCAAGCUCCCCUCAUUUGUCCUCACCACAGGUCGUCGGUCUUGUUCAGUAGUGAAUUCACUUUUCCCAUGAUGAUAGAAGGUACUGAAGGCUUGAUCUUACUUGCUUUGAUCUUAGCUCAGGCUCUGCAGCCUCGAUACGGCUUCUUUACCUCAAUGCAUAAACAGGGAACCACACCGAUGCGGGACCUUGCCUUCAUAGCGUGUAAAAAUGUGCUUGAGUCUCGACAUGAAUGAGUCCAUAUCCAUAUGAUUGAAUAGAUUACUUAAAAGAGGAGAAAAGAGUUCAUUUAUGUUAAGCCAUGUUAAGUUCACACUCGAUGUUCUUCCCCUCCUGCUCAAGCUUGACCAAGUUGCCCAUAAACAUGGCACGCACCUUGUGGUGGCGUACGAAGCAAAUAGCACAGAUGCGAGGACCAUUCACGGACAUCUGGUCAUGAUUUUUUUUUUGUGGCAAGACCGGUGACCCACUGAAAAUGGCUCAAAGUGGUUCAAGACGCACCAGUUGAGAAUCACUGAUCUAAUCACUUUUUUUUAGCACAUUCAUGGCAAGGUAUUAAGUUGUGCAUUUUUGUUUAGUGCGUCAAAUGCAACAAAUCUAGAAAGGCAUGUUUCCCACGUGCCACUUACCACAGUGCUGCCUCCUUGCAUGUUGUGAAGGUCUCUGUGAGCAUGAGCACAGAAGUCCAGACAGGCAGUAACUCCAGAAAAGGGACGCCCCUCCCUUAGCCCCAGACGACAGUCAGGUGCUCUGUGUUCAUGUUCCACCUAUUUGCAGAUAAAUGUUAUUUAAACAGCGUCUUAAAGCUAACAAUUCACAGAUUUAGAUGUAUCUAUCCUUAGUUUUUGACCACUCCAUUUUUCGUACAAAUCUGUUUUAGAUAAAAUUUUUGGCCCGGUUCUCAUACUCGUUCUCGUGGUUAUUGUAUGAUAUUGCACGUAACAAACUGUUGGAUUUUACCCUUUGGUACAUUUAAUCUUGCGUUAUUAAUACAAAUGUGAACAGACAAUACGCCCAGCAUUCCUUGUUUAUUCAGAUAUCUGGAUCACACACCCAACACUUUUACUAUGGCAUUCUAUGAGGCGCAUUCAUUUGGCAAACUGAAAUGACAAUCUUACACAAAUCUUUCUGUUUGCCGUAUCAGCAAUGAAUUCCAUCCUGGCAAAGAAGAAAUCAAGCAAGCUAAUAUUGUGUAAGAGGUAAAGGUGUUGACGAAACAAAGAUCACAAACAAAGAAGAUAUUAAUAAGUUGUUAUUGGUAUGGAUCCCCCUCCUCUUUCUUCCCUUCCCUCCUCCCUCUCCCCUCCAUGCUGUCUUUGCCAACAAAAGUCUCCAAUAGAGCUACAAGUGAAAAGAUUGAAAGAGUAAAAGUGUUAAUUUAUUUAUUUCAUUUGUAAUUUAUAAUUAUUUUGCAUUGUUUUCUGAAUGUAAAACUAUAAUUUCUCUAUAACAUGCAUUUUUUGGAUGUGGAUGAAUUGGCUUUACAUUAUUUCCUAUGUUUCCUGUUUCAUCUGACCUUUUGGAACAAAUUAAUAAUGAAACCCAAGGUACCACUGUAUCUCUGUGGACAGACAAAAAGGCUGCUGUGUCCAAAUGUCCUCACCUGGUUUCCGUAAGCUUCAGGUGCCAUAUUUUUGUACAAGGGGCCCAGUAAGGUGGCCAGAUGCUGAAAGUUUUGCUCUAACCUUUCUUCCUAAAAGAUAAUAUUUGGCAUUAUUUACAGUAUUAAAAAAAUUUAAUAAUGUAACUUCAGCUAUGAAUUUUUAUUAGCAGGAAAUACCUCUCUCACGUCAUCGCCUAGUAAUUUAAAUUUUCUUGGAAUUUUACUCCUGGCAAAUUUGCAGCCGUUGUAGUACAUGCUCCAUGAGCAGCCAAAGGAGAACGAUGCUCCACAGGCAUCUGGAUUUAACCCCUGACAUGCACAGGUCCUCCUACAAGGAAAGCAUAUGAGUUUGAGGGUUUACACCUAUUAAUUUUAUACAAGCAAAAUAGGAAACAUGUUUGACAGAUAAAUAUGCAACUUUUACUCAUGACAUCACAGGCACAUGGUGGGAAAUUUGUGUUUUGGAUGGUGCUUUCACUUACUCUUCAUUGAGAGCACAUCGUCUCUGGGUGAGGGCUCCAUGCCUUGUUAGAGUAUCACUUAGCUCGAGGUAGAGUUUGUCAGCUAGGCUGGGUUGGAUGCCUUCCCAGACCAGGAUUGCCACGAUUAUGCAGGCGGUGUCACAUUUGUGGCCAAUGCGUUCUCGAACCAACACAAGUAACUUUUCUUCUCCACUGGCUCUGCGAAUCACCUGAAGCAUUACGAAUGAAAUAUUUCUUUACAUACAGAUAUUUGAAGAAAUUUAUGUAGGACCUUAUUCAGAACAACAGAAAUUGUGCCUACCCAUUUUGCGAUAGGGCACCCCUGUGUACUUUUGCCUUCCUUGCCUGUGUACACCACUUUCUCUAUCCUGAUGGCUUGACCAUUGAAACCAGACCUUUAAUUAAAAUAGAGACAUUAAUGUGCUUAUAAUCAAUCAGUACCCUGUGAAUAUCCAACACAGUUAAAUAAUAUGUAAUAAUGUUGUUUACCUUUUUUCCAUCAUCUCCCGUAUACCAGCAACUGUAGGUGCUGAUCCCAGGUGUGUAUAGUAAGGGCCUUCAUCUUUUUCACUGAUUUGCUCUAAAUAAAGGAAUGUGUUUUUAGUAUGUAUACACUAUCUUAUCAAUAAUGUUACCAACAUUAGGUGACUCACCAACACAGUGGCAUGAUGCAAUGUCAUACUGUGUUUUCAUUGGCAUAUCCAGUAGACUUUUUAUUGGGGUAUCCAACAGCUUCACUGGGGAAUCCAUAAAUCUCUGUAGGAGUUGUUCCUUUUUGGGUGUGGAGUCGAUCGUUUUUUUAAAAGCUGGAGAGGAGGUGGCAGCUCCAGAUGCUUCAACUUUACACAUGUCGGUGUUGGUUGACAGGAUUGUGACUGGCCCGGAAGAUUCUACCUUGACUUUAUUUGAAUUAAUGACAAAAGAUUUCUUCUCAAACACUGGGGAAAGUUGGUACUGUUUCAGACUAUGUUCCAUGGAGGCCAGGAUGCUGUCUUGCUUUGUACUAUUUUCACAUAAGGAUUGUUGUUUCUCCUGCUUGAUGUGCAAUCCACUCACUUGCUGCUGUAAGCCAGGCAAGUGAAAUUUGGGUCCAUUUUCCAUUUUUACAUUUUUCAGGCCAUGUUUGUGAGCGGAAUGAAGAGGGACUUGUCUCUCUUGCCUUUGUAACAGAUGAUUACGCAGGGCUGCAUGUUUUUGAAUAUCUGGUAGGGGAAGGGCAGAUGCCAAAGGAAGCUGAGAUCCACUUUGGAACUGGGAACAUGGGUUUAGCUGGUGUUCAGCUUUAGCAUACAUACGUGUCGAUGUCUGUUGGCUUAAUGAAACAUGCAGCGAAUAGGGUUGUGAGCAUGUAGAAGUCUGUGGGAAGUCCAUAUGGUUGGGUGGAUGACAGCUUUUCGGUCUCUGAUGAAACUGCCUGGAAUCACUGCUGCUUGAGUUGGGAGAAUUUGGUCUUUGAUGUUGUAGAUGGACGUCUGUUGUGUUAUUGUAGCUGAAGUGGUUGUUGGGUUGGGCAGGGUUGUUUCUAUGUUGCUGGUUAACUUGUACUUGGGUUGGCUGAGGCUGACUGUGAGGACGGUAAAUGGGAGACUUAAGUUGCUGUUCUUCAAAUUGUGGUGGGUGGGACAGUGGGCGUGGAAGAUUACAGUGCUUCUGUUGCUGUGCUGUGAAAAGCUCAGGUGACAAUGCAUUCUGCAUUUCAGGGUUUUCACAUAAGUGCUCUGACUGCACGGGGGUAUGGAAAUGUCCAGCCUGCUGGCUUUGGAGCAAAAUCUGUUGAUUGUGCUUUAUGUGGGUUUGAGGCUGUUGCACUAAAGACACCUUGGAACUUCUUUGCCGCCACUCAGGACCGUUGUUGAUCUGGGCUGAAGCACAGUGUGUUUGGACGAUGAGUUGCUGCUGCUGUAUGCUGUUAGACCCCUGAAUGGUUUCUUUGAACAUUCCAGGUGACUCAAACCUUUGUACAUGGUUUUCCUCCAAAAUCUGACUAUGAACCUGGAGACCAGCUUUCAGCUGCUCUGGCAGAGGCUUGGCAGAGAAAUCCGUGUUUUUCUGCUCUGCCGACGAUGACAGACAUGUUUGUUGCUGUGAAGGGUUCUGUUCUAUCCAGUUUCCCUGAUGGGGAGUUGGACACAUCAAGUGUCCUGACCGCUGGGUUGUGUUAUCCAGACCAUUUUCUAAUCCAGCCUGAUUUGGCUCCUGUAUAAUGGGUCUCAUCAUGCCUGUGUUGUCUGCUCCAUGUAAGUUUCCAGGAGUCCGCUGAAAAUUCUUGGGUUGAAUCCCAAACUGCUGAGCAUGACCAGACGCAGGUUCCUCAUAUCGUACCAUGUUCUGUAUGCCAGAGUUUGUCGAUUGUCCGUAUUUGGCCAAUACUGCCUCAGUUGCCUGGAGGUGGGUAUUAGGCUCCUUGUGGUUAAAAUUGUGGUUGGCAUUCUCAUAUGUAUGUUGGGGAUUUGUGUUGUUUGGAAAGCACCCUGGGCCAUUUUUAUGUUGUUGCAGGGAGUUGGCAACAUUUGAUGGUGGGACUAUACCAGGGAGCUGAUGAUGAGAUUGUUGGUGGUUAGAUGGUGACAGCUGAUGAUGUCCUUGUUUUUUCUGCUGGUAAUCUGUUUCAUGAUUGUUAGCAUACCCAUUUACUAUAGAGUUCACAGAACUGUAAUUGUUGCUUCCCUCGACAGGACCAGAUGCCCCAAGUUUCUGUGGUUGUGAGUCAAGCAUCUGAGCUGAAUUUGGAAACUCUAAGGUCAAAGCAGGAGAUAUAACAUCUUCACCAGGCAGCUUAUUUGUGAGAGAACUAUUCAUAGCAUCUUGUAGACCACAUCUCUGUGGUGCAAUUGACACCUGUUCAGGAUAAUAUUGAGACAAAGUUUUCUCUAAAAGAUCACCUGGUGUGCUUUCUAUUGUAGAUGUGGUUAAUACAGCACCAUUGGGAAUGGAGACAUGUUUAUUUCUUGGCAGAGGGAAAACAUCUCCAUUAAGAAUUCUACAGUUCCUGUUUCCUAAUUUUAUCUCUGUCUGAGCAUUGCAAUGAAAAUCUGAUUUGUUUUUUAGUUCAGAAAUCUCUGAAUCUACUUUAAAUUUCUUGAGCUGGCUUGGCUGUAAUGGCUGUUCAGACAGCUUAAAAUCUCCAUUCAUCAACUCUCCAUUCAUCAUAAACGAUCCAUGAUCCAGCAGCCCUUGUACUGAUUCAGAGUCGUUGCAAUUUUCGUUUGGCCUCUUCAUGGAGUUGGAAACUGUGCUGGGCUUGUAAUUCUUCCAGUUUGUAUCAGUGACUUGCAGAGAGUCUCCUUCUGAAAAUGACCCUCCAUUCUGCAGUUUGUUGGAGAUGUUGCGGGAUGUCCCAAAUUGUUUUAAUGUCAGACUUUCUUCCGUCUCAUGUCUGGUCUGGUCUGUUUCCAUCUGGCCUGCUUAGAGUCCAUUCACAGGCUGCCCUCGAUGCGUCCUGCAAAACAAGUUUAAAGUUCAAACAUUUAGUGACCUGGACAUAUUUUUUCAGUUUGUUUUUAUCUUCAGUCUGUGGUAAAUAUGCCAAGUACAUGAUUGCUUCAUGAUUGCCAUCAUAUAAUAUACAUACAAUACAUAAUACAUGUAGAACAAUGCUGUAACUUUUCCCAAUGACUGUACUUAAUCUAUGUACUCAAUGCUUUGUCUGACAAUAUAUUGUUUUAAGUUAAUUAUGUGUCUAUACUGUAAAUAGCACAGCAUGUCAUCAUAAAUAGGCCCAGCAUGAUUUCUCCAACACAUUGUCCACCUUCCUUAACACAUUGGCUGUUAUAAUAUUAAUAACAACAUACAAUAGUAACACAUUUGAUUUAUAUAGUGCUUUAAAGUUAUACUCAAGGAUAAUAAAUAAUUGCAAACAAAACCAAUAUAAGGUUACAAUAAAAUAGCCAUAGACAGCAGAAGUAUUAAAAGCAUUUUGAAGAGUUGGGUUUUUAACUGUUUUUUGACGGUUGUAAGGUCCUGACGUGUGGAUGGCGA